AUGGCCCACAUCCGAGAACAGCUGUGCGCCGAGAGGUUCGAUCAGGUCCCAGCGAAGCCUCGUCGCUCCUCUGGAGAUCUUGGAGCUGAGCCUCUCGGCUACAACUGCUUCCUCCUAUCAUCAGAUGACUUCGAUGCGGACUUCCGGUCAUUCUAUGGGACACUCUUGGGUGUAGGCGACCUGAGAGAUGACAGCCCUGCCGAGCCAACGUCUUACCUGGAGGAGAGCAUCGACCCGUAUGCUUACCUCUGGAGUACGCCCGAGGCGUUCUGGAAGCCCGGCUGUCUCGACACCCAAAGCACGAAUGAGGAAAUCGACCUAGGGCUCUAUAGCUUGGGCUGCUUUGGCAUUCUAGGGAUGGAGACCCGGUCUUUCCCCCCCCCGGCACAGGCGCCUGGCCUAGAUGCGCCUAAAUCAUCACAGGCCGAGUUGCUCGUGUCAGUUGGUGUCGACAAACCUAGGCGCCCAAACACCGCGGAUAUCGAGUUCACAACUCUACACUCGCCGAAGAACAAGAGACUAUCGGUAUCGCCGCGGGGGCGAUGUGGGAGGGCGAAUCGUCGUGGCGUAGGUGUCAAACCUUUGCCACCGAAAGCACACCGCAAGCGGAGACGUCGUCGCUCCGUCCUUGCCCACAUCGAGAGAAUUGGCGUGUACUAACCUGACGGCUCAGCACGGCGGCGGGCA